UUAUGGUAUCCGCCGGAUGGUUGCGGAGGGAGUUAUACUCGAUCCGACAGUAUUCGGUAUCAUAAUAAACGUCGGAUAAAGCAGUAUGCGGAUCGAUAAUGUGGUUUACGGAUCGAUUAAAAAAAAUGGCAUCACCAACAACGCACUCAAUACGCGUUUCAAACAAAUUUACUCGUUUCUCACCCGCAGGUCAUUGUGUUGCGGAUAUUAUUAUAAUAAAGAUGGAGAGCAAUAAAAUGAAACGCACAACCACCAGAGAGCAAUUUAAAGGUUUAAUAUCUCGUAUGAAGGAGCGUCCCGAUAUUGCAAAAAAUUUUACCAGAAGUGCUCCUAACGAGGUAGAGCAAUUUUGGGAGAGUGUGCGUGAGGAACUGAAAUCAUUAGGGCCUCCAUCGAAGAGUAUUUCAGAAUGGAAAAAGGUUUGUUGAUAAUUCAAAAGUUCAUUGAGAAUAUAAGUACUUAUUUCCGUUUUAAUUAAAGGUUUGGUCAGAUUUUAAAUCAGCAGUAAAGAAAAAGUUGGCGCACAAUAAAAGGGAGUUACAAGCAACUGGUGGAGGCGAAAAUAGGGAACUACCUUUAUCGUCGCUAGAAGAAGAUGUUGCUGCUCUAGUGGGCCUAAACGACUGUGUUGGGGGCAUUAAAAAUUCAAAAGAGUUUGGAGUGCCUCAGAGGAGAAUUAUUGAGCAUGCCACUCCACUAAAUUCAGAGCAGGUGGUUGAAGACAUUACUCCAUCUACAUCGAAGAGAGCUCGUGAGGGUACAAAUUCAUAUACUUCGAGAGACGCCAUCUGCAUAGAGUUGUUGGAAAAUGACGAUGUGGAAAAUAACCAAAACAUUCGAAAUGAACUCCGAAAAAAAAAGAGACCAGAGCAGUUUGACUUGUUAGACAAGCAAAUCGGUGUGCAGGAGAGCUUAUAUUCAAAAGUUUCGGAAGGUGUUGGGGCACAGGAACUACAUUUUAAAAAUGUAAAAAAAGAACUGAAAAAUCUGACUAGGUCGGUUGACCUUCUGGGUGAUCACCAGAAGAAAAACAAUGAAAUUCUCCAAGCUUUUCUUGAGGAGACAAUGGGCCUUAUGCAUAAUAAGUGAGCAUUUGCUCGAGUAGAGUCUGGUGAGAUCUAUCUCAAGUAGGUAAGACCGAGCUCGUGCUCAAUUUGGUAUGCAUAAAAAUGAGAUAGAGCAAAUACCUUGAACUCGAGUUAGCUGAGAUCAAACCGCUUGUUUGAUUAGUUGCAAAAGUCUAAGUGAAAAUUUACAUUUUGAUGCUAAUGAGAAUUUAUCAAUUUUCAUAGUUGGAUACUUAAAAAAAUAUAAGACUUUAUUAGAAAAAAGCCAACUCCCCGGUGUAAAAAAUAAAAAAAAAGAAAUAAUUAGAAAACUUUGUGGCGAAUAUAAAAAAAAAAACUGGUGUGGAAAUAAGCGAAAAAAAUAUAAUGAAGAAAAUUGCUAAUAUGAAGUGCCGAGUAAAGUCAAAAAGUGACAAAAAUAAAACGGGAAACAAACAAAUUUAUUUAAAAA